GCCCCGCCCCCACAACACGCCACUAGGGGGCGCGCUUCGCUGGAGGCGGAGGCGGCGGGCCCGGCCCCGCCAUGUCUCGGGAGACGUUCCCGGCCGCGACCCAGCAGAGCCCGGAGGCGCAGGACGAGCCCCGCAGCUUGGAGGAAAUGAUUGUUGCCAAACCAGGGAAAACACCAAUUCAGUUGUUACAUGAAUAUGGCACGAAGGCUGGUAUCACUCCUGAGUACAAGUUUGAGAAGGCUGAAGGACAAGUACAUCUUCCAAGUUUCACCUUUAAAGUCACAGUAGGUGAAAUAACGGGCACAGGUGAAGGUCAUAGCAAGAAGAUUGCAAAACACAGAGCUGCAGAAGCUGCCUUGAACGUUUUAAAAGGAAAUCCAAGUAUUGGUCUUUCAGUGCCAGACUCCAUAGUUCCAGAUUCUCCAAAGCAACCACAAAAUCAAACCAAUCCUAUAGGUACAUUACAGGAACUGGCUGUUCAGAAGGGAUGGAGACUUCCUGAAUAUUCACUUGCGCAUGAGUCGGGGCCUCCUCACAAGCGGGAGUUUACAAUGACUUGCAGAAUAGAAACAUUUGUAGAAACUGGGACUGGGACAUCUAAGAAACUAGCAAAGCGAAAUGCUGCUGAAAAAUUACUUGCCAAAUUCCACAGUUUCCCUCCAGAUAGCAUCAAUAUUUCCUUAGGAAAUGAAGUGGGAAAUAAUUUAGGAUGCACAUGGGAUGCCUUAAGGAACUCAUCAGAAGAAAAAAUUACCUUGCUGAAGAGAAGUCCACUCAGUAUUCCUAAUACAGACUAUGUCCAACUGCUUGGAGAAGUUGCAGAAGAACAAGGUUUUGUUAUAACAUAUUUGAAUAUAGAAGAGCUGAGCGUGAAUGGACAGUACCAAUGUCUUGCUGAACUCUCAACCAAUCCAGUCACAGUUUGCCAUGGUACUGGGAUUUCUUGGGGCAAUGCUCACAACGAUGCUGCUCACAAUGCAUUACAAUAUUUAAAGAUCAUGGCUGGAAGAAAAUAAACUUGAAAUAGAAAAAAAAAUCUUCUGAUAAAGAUUUAACUUAAAAGAUAUUUCCAAAGUUGGAUGUUUUCCCAUAUAUGUAGUUCAAAUUAAUUUUGGGCUAUUUUUAAGUCACUCCACAAACACCGUUUUAAUUAUGCAUUGCUUUGAAAUGAGUCAAUCAUAAGGUUUGCAUUUUGGAUUGGUUUACUGUAUUUAGCUCUCAGUAUUGUAAAGCAGUGAGGACAUUAAAUUACUGCUUACAUACUUACUGAAGCAUAAGUGCUCCCUUAUGGAAAACCUGUAGGGAGAAUUAUAAAUUUGAUACCAAAAAGUUAGAGAACACAGACAUCAGAGAUGGCAGCUAUCGGAAGAUCAAUCCUACAGUGUUCUGAGUACCCCUCCAAACACCAUAGUUUUCAAUGUGAGUUGGGGAUUGUCUGUUCUUUGCAGAGGCAGCCCUCUGAAGAGCAUAUUCUGUUGCUGUUUAUACCUCAAUGGAAAGGUUUUUGAUUAUAUGCUUUAAUAUCAUAGAAUAUCAUGGUUGGAAGGGACCUCAGGAGGUCAUCUAGUCCAACCCCCUGCUCAAAGCAGGACCAAUCCCUAAUUAAAUCCCCAAAUGGCCCCCUCAAGGAUUGAACUCGCAACCCUGGGUUUAGAAGGCCAAUGCUUAACCACUGAGCUAUAAAAGGUGGGCAUGGUCUUUUAUGAAUGUUCCCAUUUUAUUUUAACUGUGUGUGAAUGGUGGUCUUUUAAACCCAUUAUCUGAGAUUGGAACUUGAAAGCAAUGUAAUGGCUACAGAAACAUCACUGCCCUCUUUUAUUAAAGAUAUCUAUAAAUGUCAUUAGCUGUUCUUUAAUAAAUUAAGGUUAACUCCU